AUGACAAUUUUCAUGUUGCCUUAUGUUAUACGACUUCUGCAAAGCACAAUGGUACAAUCAAUUAUUACUGGUGUAUUAGUCAUCAUUGCAGUUGCGACAGCAUUAUUGAUUGCAUUUGUGAAGAGAAUAAAUGAAACAUUCCCAUUGAAUGUUAUUACUUUGUUUAUUUAUACAAUGACAUUAGCUACAGCUAUCGAAAUUCUGGAUAUAUUAGUUGGUAUGUUUACUAAACUUGGUGCUUUUGGAAUUAGUCUAAUAUUGUUUACAUCGGCAUUAUUUAUUGGUGCAGCUAUCAAAACAAGAUUGGCAGAUUAUUUAACGGCUAUUCUAAUAAUGUUUAUAAUCGCUGCUAUUUUGAUUGCUGGGGCAAGUAUUUUAAUCUCAAUUUUUAAACACUCGAUAACAAUAUUUACAAGUCAACUAACGGUUGGCAAAUUACGAUUACGUAUAUUUUGUACAGAAUAUACUUUGGCUGCAUUAUUAUUAUACAAUAUGUUUUCAACUACAUAUAUAACUACUACUGGUAUGAUUUGUAACAUAACGAAUACUUGUAAUAGUUCAAAUGCAUCCAGCAAUUCAUCCAUCAAUUUACCGAGAUAUGUAGUUUUAAUGUAA